AUGCUAGGCCCUCGCUGUGCAGAAAAUCUGGAAAAUAGACAGUCCGACUCCGACUCCGAGUUCACUGAAGAUAAUGCAGCUACUGACAUCGAGUCUCGACUUGAUCUGAUCAACAAGUUGCACGUGGCUCGGGCCGGAGCGCGAUACUCUCCUUCAGAGUCCUCCUCCCAACUUUUCCGUUGCUCUAAGCUCUUUUAUCACGAUAUCACAGUUUCAGGUUUGCUGCCUUCCUACCCUUUCGUUCCACCCCCACGUUUGCGAAUCUCCGAUUUAGUGUGUGGUAUUCUAGGGCUGCUGCUCCAUGAUGCAUCGGUAGAUGCAGCUCCAGAGAUUUCUGAAGGUCUCGCCAUGUUGCAGCAUAGAGGACAGGAUGCGUGUGGCAUCGUGACUUGUGGAACCAAGGGUCGAUUUUUUCAAUGCAAAGCCAACGGUAUGGUACGGGAUGUCUUUGAUGAGAAGGCCAUCGCAAAAUUGAUCGGAGGUAUGGGUGUUGGCCAUGUUCGUUAUCCAACUGCUGGCAGCUCGAACCACGCCGAAGCACAACCGUUCUACGUUAAUUCACCAUAUGGUAUCGUAUUUGCACAUAAUGGGAACCUUAUAGAUACUCCUUCACUCUUGCAAUUUAUGGACGCCACUGCACAUAGACAUAUAAACACAUCGUCCGAUUCCGAACUUCUACUCAACCUUUUCGCCAACAAUCUCCAGCAGACAGGCAAAUUUCGUAUCAACGAAGACGACAUUUUCGCUGCUAUAGGAGGCCUUAUGAAGCAAUGCACAGGAGCAUAUGCGUGUGUUGCCAUGCUUGCUGGCUUUGGGAUCAUUGCAUUCAGAGAUCCAAAUGGCAUAAGACCAGUCGGGAUGGCUUCCAGAAGGGUCAACUCUGGAAGAGACUACCUCUUUGCAAGCGAAAGCAUUGUCGCUGAUGCUCUAGGCUUUAGCGAAUGGGAAGAUGUAAAGCCCGGCGAAGCAGUGAUAAUCACUCGGUCAGGGGUUUCAAGAAAAAGAGUUGCAGAGCAUGCGGUCUUUGCACCAGAUAUUUUUGAAUACGUCUACUUCGCCCGCCCUGAUUCCGUGCUCGACGGCAUCAGCGUUUACCGCAGCCGCAUGGCCAUGGGCGAUGCGCUUGCUGUUGAAGUCGAUAAAGUUUUAAAGGAGUGUGGCAUCACAGUGGAUGUUGUCAUCCCCGUCCCUGAUACAUCUCGCGUCGCAGCUUUGAAUCUUGCUCAAAAGCUCAACUUGCCUUAUCGAGAGGGCUUCAUCAAGAACCGCUAUGUUGGCAGGACAUUCAUUAUGCCAGGUCAACAAAUGAGACGGAGGAAUGUCAGGAGGAAACUGAACGCCAUGGCCUUGGAGUUUUCUGGGAAGAACGUACUCCUUGUUGAUGAUUCCAUCGUUCGCGGUACCACGUCAGAAGAGAUCAUCCAGAUGGCAAAGGAUGUCGGCGCAAAAAAAGUCAUUGUCGCAAGCUGCGCGCCACCCAUACGGCACUCGAAUGUCUAUGGCAUCGAUAUGCCUUCAAGGACAGAACUCGUCGCAUAUGGGCGCAGCACCGAAGAGAUAGCCGAAGCCAUCGGUGCUGACCUUGUCGUGUUCCAGACUCUUCCCGACCUCAUCGCAUCCGUGCGACAAUUCAACCCGUCCAUUUCAACGUUUGAUUGCUCCGUAUUCACAGGAGAGUACGUUACCGGUGGUGUCACUGCGGAGUAUUUGAACCAAUUGGAGUCACUCCGUGCGGAUAACGUCAAGAACAAGGUCACCGUGAACUCGCGGGAAAACAAAAGUGAGGGCAGUAGGGUCAAUGGAUUCCACAGGAGGGAGAAUGUAGUAGCGUCUGGCGGUCCAGUCAAUGGCGCGGACGACACAGUUGGAUUGCACAACACCUGGAAUGUCAGUUGA